AUGGCGGGGCUGGGCGGCGCGCAGAUCCCCGAUGGGGAGUUCACCGCGGUGGUGUACCGGCUCAUCCGGGAUUCCCGCUACGCCGAGGCGGUGCAGCUGCUGGGCGGGGAGCUGCAGCGCAGCCCCAGGAGCCGCGCCGGCCUGUCGCUGCUGGGCUACUGCUACUACCGCCUGCAGGAGUUCGCGCUGGCGGCCGAGUGCUAUGAGCAGCUGGGCCAGCUGCACCCCGAACUGGAGCAGUACCGCCUGUACCAGGCCCAGGCCCUGUACAAGGCCUGCCUCUAUCCAGAGGCGACCCGGGUCGCCUUCCUCCUCCUAGACAACCCCGCCUACCACAGCCGGGUCCUCCGCCUGCAGGCUGCUAUCAAGUACAGCGAGGGCGAUCUGCCAGGGGCCAGGAGCCUGGUGGAGCAGAUACUGAGUGGGGAAGGGGGAGAAGAAAGUGGGGGCGAGAACGAUCUUGACGGCCAGGUUAACCUGGGUUGUUUGCUGUACAAGGAGGGACAGUACGAAGCUGCGUGUUCCAAGUUCUUUGCUGCCCUGCAGGCCUCGGGCUACCGGCCUGACCUUUCCUACAAUCUGGCUUUGGCCUGUUAUAGCAACAGGCACUAUGCCCCGGCGCUGAAGCACAUCGCUGACAUUAUUGAGCGUGGCAUCCGCCAGCACCCAGAGCUAGGUGUGGGCAUGACCACUGAGGGCAUUGACGUUCGCAGUGUCGGUAACACUUUAGUCCUCCACCAGACUGCUUUGGUGGAAGCUUUCAACCUCAAGGCAGCCAUAGAAUACCAGCUGAGAAACUAUGAGGCGGCUCAGGAAGCCCUCACUGACAUGCCACCUAGGGCAGAAGAAGAGUUGGACCCUGUGACCCUGCACAACCAGGCACUAAUGAACAUGGAUGCCAGGCCUACAGAAGGCUUUGAAAAGCUACAGUUUUUGCUCCAGCAGAACCCCUUUCCCCCAGAGACUUUUGGCAACCUGUUGCUGCUCUACUGUAAGUAUGAGUAUUUUGACCUGGCAGCAGAUGUCCUAGCAGAAAAUGCCCAAAUGACUUAUAAGUUCCUUACCCCCUAUCUCUAUGACUUCUUGGAUGCCGUGAUCACUUGCCAGACAGCCCCUGAAGAGGCUUUCAUUAAGCUUGAUGGGCUAGCAGGGACGCUGACUGAGCAGCUCCGGAGACUGACCAAACAAGUGCAGGAAGCAAGACACAAUAGAGACGAAGAAGCUGUCAAAAAGGCAGUAAAUGAAUAUGAUGACACCCUUGAGAAGUAUAUUCCUGUGUUGAUGGCCCAGGCAAAAAUCUACUGGAACCUGGAAAAUUAUUCGAUGGUGGAAAAGAUCUUCCGCAAAUCUGUGGAAUUCUGUAAUGACCAUGAUGUGUGGAAGUUGAAUGUGGCUCAUGUUCUGUUCAUGCAGGAAAACAAAUACAAAGAAGCCAUUGGUUUUUAUGAGCCCAUAGUCAAGAAGCAUUACGAUAACAUCCUGAAUGUCAGUGCUAUUGUACUAGCUAACCUCUGUGUUUCAUAUAUCAUGACAAGUCAGAAUGAAGAAGCUGAGGAGUUGAUGAGGAAGAUCGAAAAGGAGGAAGAGCAGCUCUCCUAUGAUGACCCAAAUAAGAAGAUCUAUCACCUCUGCAUUGUGAAUUUGGUGAUAGGAACACUUUAUUGUGCUAAAGGAAAUUAUGACUUUGGUAUUUCUCGAGUUAUCAAAAGCCUGGAACCUUAUAAUAAAAAACUGGGAACUGAUACCUGGUAUUAUGCCAAAAGAUGCUUCCUGUCCUUAUUAGAAAACAUGUCAAAACACACAAUCAUGCUGCGUGACAGUGUUAUUCAAGAAUGUAUCCAGUUUUUAGAACACUGUGAACUUUAUGGCAGAAACAUACCUGCUGUUAUUGAACAACCCCUGGAAGAAGAAAGAAUGCAUAUUGGAAAGAAUACGGUCACAUAUGAAUCUAGACAGUUGAAAGCUUUGAUUUAUGAGAUUAUAGGGUGGAAUAUGUAG